GAGGAGGAGGGCGGGAGGGGGCGGGUUUCCGGUUUGGCCAGAGGGAAGCGGAAGGAAGGAGCGAGAGAGGCAGAUUUUGGAAGAGGCUCUGAGGAGAGAGAAGCUGAAGGAUGUCGUCUGGGGCUUUAUUUCCAAGCCUGGUGCCAGGCUCCCGGGGCUCAUCUAGCAAAUACCUGGUAGAGUUUCGUGCAGGAAAAAUGUCUUUGAAAGGCAGUACUGUGACACCGGAUAAAAGGAAAGGUCUUGUGUACAUCCAGCAAACUGAUGAUUCCCUCAUUCAUUUCUGUUGGAAAGACAGGACUUCCGGGAAUGUGGAGGAUGAUUUAAUUAUUUUUCCUGAUGACUGUGAGUUUAAGAGAGUUGCUCAGUGUACUACUGGCCGCGUAUAUGUGUUGAAAUUCAAAGCUGGAUCCAAGCGACUCUUCUUCUGGAUGCAGGAACCCAAGACAGAGAAAGAUGAAGAGCACUGCCGUAAGGUGAAUGAGUAUCUCAACAACCCACCGAUGCCUGGAGCUCUGGGUGGCAGCGGAAGUGGGGGCCAUGAACUUUCUGCUCUUGGAGGUGAAGGUGGCUUGCAAAGCCUUCUAGGAAACAUGAGCCAUAACCAGCUCAUGCAGCUGAUUGGACCAACAGGCUUAGGUGGACUUGGUGGCCUUGGUGCCCUCACAGGUCCUGGUCUGGCUAGUCUUCUAGGAAGCGGAGGGCCUCCAACCAGCAGUUCCUCUUCAAGCUCUCGCAGCCAAUCCGCAGCGGUGACGCCAUCUUCCAGUACUUCUUCCACUCGGGUGACGCCUGCGCCCACAGCUCCUGCCGCCUCUACCACUGCCACUGCUGCCAGCCCCAGUCCUGCUCCGAGCUCAGGAAAUGGAACCAGUGCCGCCACAAGCCCCACCCAGCCCAUCCAGCUGAGCGACCUCCAGACCAUCCUGGCAACCAUGAACGUGCCAGCGGGUGCAGGAGGGCAGCAAGUUGAUCUGUCCACUGUGCUGACCCCUGAAAUAAUGGCACCCAUUUUGGCAAAUACGGAGGUUCAGGAGCGUUUGCUGCCUUACCUCCCUUCGGGGGAAUCUCUUCCACAGACGGCAGAUGAGAUCCAGAAUACGCUGACUUCUCCACAGUUCCAGCAGGCACUGAGUAUGUUCAGCGCAGCCUUGGCUUCUGGGCAGCUGGGACCUUUGAUGAGUCAGUUUGGCUUACCAGCAGAGGCUGUAGAUGCAGCAAAUAAAGGGGAUGUGGAGGCCUUUGCAAAAGCAAUGCAAAACAACGUGAAAUCUGAUGAAAAGGAAGGAGAGUCAAAGGAGAAGAAGGACGAAGAGGAAGACAUGAGCUUAGAUUAGGCCUCCCACCUGUGUCUUAUGGGUCCUCCUAGAUACUAACUAUAAGGAAAGCAGGAUCGCUAGGUAACGUCAUGUACUGAAACUAUAAGUAAAGGAUCUCUCUGCCAAACUACUGCUGUGUAUUUUGACCUUCUUCCCAACUUGCUGCACUCUUAAAUGGGUGUGUUUCUUUACCACUUAAGAAAUGAUUUGGUUUACUUGUAAUUCUGGGGUUGGAGUUAAUUCAGAUAUAUCACUAAGGUGGCACAUUUAACAAAUAUUACAAGCAAUUAAUUACAAGACCCCUUCUCAAAAGUUACUUUAUGCUCCUUUGAGGCCUCAUCUGGACCUAACAGGAUGAUUUAUUUGACAGUUUGGAUCUAGUAGCCUUAAUGGUGAGAAGUGUCUUCUGGUUCUGUAAAGCUAUGUGCUUUAUUUCUACUACUGUAUGUUUUCACAUAAUCUGAAAUACUCAAAAACAACAAUGAAAUUGAUUAAAUAACUA